AUGAAGGCCCUUCUGCUGCUGUUGCCCAUGGUGGCCAGCCUUGCAGUGAAAGUCCAAGGCAAGAUUUACAGUCGCUGUGAGCUGGCAUCACUCCUGAAACGUUGGGGAAUGGAUGGGCAUGAGGGCUACAGUUUGGCAGACUGGAUCUGCCUGGCAUAUUUUGCAAGUAACUUCAACACAGCCACUGUGACGCAGGACUCAGACGGAAGCUCAGAAUACGGUAUCUUCCAGAUCAACAGCCGCUCUUGGUGUGCUGACCAUCGCAGUCACUCAAAGAACCUCUGCAGCCUCUCUUGCCAUGAUUUGUUGACCAACUAUAUUAUUGAUGACAUCAUCUGUCUCAAGAGAGCUGCUGCAAGUCCAGAAGGGUUGGAAGCCUGGAAUACUUGGAGGGACCAUUGUCGUGGCAGAGAUCUGAGCCACUGGACUGUUGCAUGCAACCUGUGAGGCAAAAUGCCAAGCGACUUGAUCUCCCAC